UGAUGGAAGCUAAGAGUCCUUUUCAACGCCCUGAGUGGAGGCUGGAGGUGUGGGGAUGCUGCAGGGGGGUGCAACCAGCACAGGAGGCUGGAGCUGUGUUUAGGGGUAGCACCACAUCACCAGUUUCCUGAGAAGUUUGGUCCCGUGACUGGUCACCCUCUGUUCCCCCCAGCAGCAGUGUCCCACCACCAUCACCAGUCCGUGGGUUCCCAGUGCCAGGGGACAAAGCUGAAGAGGGCGACACCGGGAGAAAAAACAACUUGGAAGGAGGUGAUGGUGUUGGCACUGCCCGCAGAGAAGGCAAAGGGGCUCAGGGGAGUGGCUGGAAGUGCCGCUGCCCGUUCCCUUGGGAUCUCCCUGCCCCAGUGUGGCCUGGGGGCACUGGGCAGUCGGGACAGCGUCCGUGCCCCAGCGCUGCCUGGCCGGGGUCCGGGAUGGCGAAAACAGCUGCAGGCUGGAAAAACACAUCCCAAGAGCGAUCCCAGCUGGGCUGCAGGCAGGUGCUCGCUAAAGCCCGAAACAGUUAACAGGCGGCGAGGCCGAGCCGGUCCUCCCACCGUCAUGAGAUCACCGCUGCCACCGCCAAUCCUCGCUGCGAUCCUCCUCCAGCCCCCCAUCAGCCUGGCGGCAGAGGAGCCGGGAGCCAAAGCUGCGAGUGAGAGCGGCGGCAGCCGAGGUCCCGGCCCGUCUGCACCUCGAUCCGCCGCACAAAGUGACCAUGUAGGAUCCGGAAUCUUCCCUCCAUCACCGGCACCGCGACUCCCGUCCGUCCGAGACGCGCCUUGCGCUGCUUCUUCCCGGGUUCUCUUGCCAACAUGAUGGGCUGCAAGUCCAACUCACUCACUUGCCUGCAGGGAGGCAAACCAGGGCUGCCGCUGGCCACGGCCACCGAUUCCACGGCUACACUCAACAAACUGGCUCUGGCCACGGGCGGGACCGAGAAAUCCUGGUACCGCUGCAUCUUCCCCUUCGGCAUCGUCUCCGUGGUCAUCGGCGUCGCGGCGACGUGCAUCACCUUCACCAUCAAUGGUCCCCAAAUGGACAUCGCUAAGGUGGUCUCGGUGGCCACCUUGAUCUUCGGGGUGGGCCUGCUGGUGGCCGCCUAUGUGUGCUGGCGAGCCAAGCGGGAGCGGCAGCGCCAGCGACAGCGCCAGGAGCCGCUCGCCCUGGAGCAGGGAGCGCUCUGACCCGGGCUGGGGGCACAGGCUCGGCUCCGCCCGGAGCCCCCCGCUCACACACCCCCCUCCGCGAGCAGAGGGGUGACAGCACCGGCUUUGUCGCAUCCGAGGGGGUCCGGACCCUGCCGAGGUCAGCUCGCCGUCGUUCUCCGCCCCGCCCGCGCCAGCGUCCGGCCAUCCCCGCUCCCGGCGUGGGGUAGGGGCAGCCCAGCCACGCUGGGGGCUCCCUCCUGCCCGCCUGCCUGGCACCGGCAUGGAAAGAGCCCGGAGAGUGGCCAAGAAGGCCGGAGAGCGGCUGAGGAGCGAGUCACCAGACGGGGACCCGCUGCCUCUCCCUGCGAGCCGCAGCGAGCCCGAGGCGCUGCUCUGUGCCGGGGAAGCCGAGGCAGCCCCUGCUGGGUGUCGGAAGAGUCCGGCGUCACUUCUGUCCUCUUGCGUUUUUUUCCCUGUGGCGAGGACCCGCGUGGCUCAGGACAGAGGGAGUUUAGACGGAAGCUGGGUGCGGGGAGCAGCCGCGUGGCAGGCUGGGUGUGGGGCUGCGGGACGCGGCGACAGCGAUGCGUGAGCAGGGCCGGCGUG